AUGGAUUGUGAUGACGAAUUGAAAAAGUGGUUCUAUGAACAGGCGAACCUGCACAUAUCCUCUUUAAAUAUAAGAUUUCACGUAAAAGGAUCAGUCAUAUUAGAUCGUGGUUUGAUAAGUUCUACUGGACGUGAUCCUACAAAUCAUAUUAUCCGGCGAACUUUCAAAAUUACUGAUGACACAUCUACAAUCAAUGUUACCGCAUGGAACGAAAAAACAGAUGAGAUACCUGAAAACAUCAUGAACAAAACUAUUCGUAUACGAAACGGCAAGAUCAAUUACUACAACGGUAACCGUCUAUCUUAA